AUGGUUUGGUGUUAUUGCUCUAUUUGUGGUGAAAGUGAAAAAGUUGAAGAAACUAGAGAACUAUUAUUAUCUACUAGUCAAAGCUUUAAUUUAUCAAUAUCAUCUGCUGAAGAUUUAACUCAUCAUUUUUAG